GUAAACUUAAUUUGGGCACCGCUAAUAACAGGAACAAUUCCAAAAUAAUUCACAAUUUAAAGAUUGUGAAGAAGUAGAUAGUUCUCGCUGUAACCUAAAUUAUUCGAAUAGAAGUACGCUGGUGUUAAAAUUUAUUUAUAGCAUCCGUUACAUUACUUGUGAAAUACUUGGCAUUCUAUUUAGCAUUUUGAAUCGAUUUCUAACGUCCCCUGCAAAACAUAAACAGAAUUACAGCGAUUAUUACUUAAAAAAAUUAUAAAAUAGAAUAUAUUUUUCAUUUAUUGGCGAACUAUGAAAUGAAAUUUAAAAUGAAGUUAGUUAUAUAUGUACUUAUUAUCGCUCAAGUUCAUAUGUCUAUGGAAAGCAUAGAAGAAUUCUCGGAUGAUGAAGUAGAUAAAGAUAAUUUUGUAGAUAUCCACGAUAUGGGACCAGAAAAUCAUGAGGAUCUGUUUCAGGAUCAAACACCAGAUUCAAAAUCAACUACUGGCAUAGAUUCUAAGACCUCAACAAAAGUGCAGAUUCUCGAAAAUCUUAUUGAGCCGGAGAAUGAAAACAAAGAAGCUUCUGUUAGCAAUAUUAACACAGAAGUUACCCUCGAUGCCGAAAAUUAUGAUAAGGGUCUUAUUUUCUUUCAACAAUUCUUGAAAAGAAUCGUCCAUUUAAUUGAUAAAGAUACACCCAAAGAUCUAGAAGAUAAUCGAAAUAUAUACUACAAGACAGUUCUAGAAUUAAAACCAACAGAAAUUUCCUUUAUUAGAGAUUUUGCAAAGGCCAAUACAAAAGAGGCUAAACAUUAUUUAAACGAAGCUCAUCACAUCAUUUCUAAAUCUUUCUCUUAUCUAAUACUACAAACGGAAAUUCCACUUGAACUAAAGUGGAAAUUUGAAGAUACUUUUGGGCUUUCAGCAAACGAAUUACUCAUGAAAGAAGUUGCUGCCAGAGCUUCCAAGGCGUCAAAUUGCAGAUCAAUAGAAGUAAAUGGUGUAGGAUAUGGCGAAAUGCUUUAUAGUUUGUUUCUUCCGGUGAAUAAUAAACUACAGGACUGCUAUCAAGACAUUUUAGUAGAUCCAUGGACAACCAUUCCGCCCACAAAAGUCAUUGCAUUCACCUUGGCUACUUUUGUAUUUGAACCUCUCGAACAUAUUGGAUUGGGUUUUAAAAAAUUUUUGAUGAGCUUUUUCACAGACUUACAUCCAACUUUAUGGUUAUUUGCUUGUGUGUUAAUAAUAAUAGGAAUCGUUCUACCUAUGUGUCUUUAUAUGAAUUACGAGGUAAGACUUCCCGCUUUCCUAGGAGCUAUUGGUCCCUCUCAAACUGCAGCUACUCUCUGUAUCGAGUGCAGAAAUUCGGCCACCGUAUUACGAAACAACAACCAAUCGCAGCUAGCGUAUAAUAGAAACGUUGAAUCUCGUUCAAUAGGCCAGUCAGCCAUAGAAAGAAGGCCUGAGAAUAACUUGAAAGAUGCUUCCACCCAAAGUGAUGCUUCGAAAAUUUGUCUCAUUUGUAAAAGCACUCAAACUGUAAUACUAACGAAGGAAGUAGCAAUAUCAACUAUUGCAAUAGAAAAGACUGAUAAACACUGCCAAAUUGAUGAUUGCGGUAAAGUUAAAGAGAAGAUUCAAUAUGACAUUAAAAAUGAGACUUAA